AUGACCUACCUUCCAGGGCUUCAUGUACUGAUCGGGAGGAUAGCAGGAACCAGAACCUUUUCUGCUGCUGGAUCUUCUGGUUCUGAUGAACCUUAUAUUGCUGUUUCACCAUUUGACAUGGGCCAAAGAACAGUGUGGCCUGAUGAGAAAAUGGGCCCAUUUGGACCUCAGGACCAGCGUUUUCAGCUGCCUGGAAACGUAGGGUUUGAUUGCCACCUGGAGGGUACUGCUGAUCCGAAGACAAGAGUGCACAAGACUGUACCAGAUGUUCUAACUGAGCCCUCAAACAGCGAGAGACACGAGUUUAUAAUGGCACAGUUUGUCAGUGGUUUUCAGGGAAAUGAUGCUGCUCCCAGACCCCAGCAGGUCAACAAGGCAGAAAAAUAUUUUGAUGCACAUGUGGAAUGCGCAAUACAAACUUGCCCAGAGCUGCUAAAAAAAGACUUUGCAUCAAUGUUUCCAGAGGCCCCUGCCCACAGUAUGACUGUUGUAACAGUAACUCAGAAAACCAAAGCAGACAUGACCUGCUGGUGUGAAGAAGUGGAUGAGGAGCGAGAACAGCUACUAGAAAAAUUUAUCGAUGGUGCCAAGGAGAUUUGUUACGCCCUGCGGUCAGAGGGAUACUGGGCUGAUUUUAUAGACCCUUCAUCAGGCGUAGCGUUCUUUGGAUCAUACACAAACAACACACUCUUUGAAACAGAUGAACGUUACCGUCAUUUGGGCUUCCGCAUUGAGGACCUGGGCUGUUGCAAAGUCAUUCGACACUCACUUUGGGGAACGCAUGUGUUUGUGGGGAGUCUGUUCACAAACGCACCUACAGAUAGCCUUGUCAUGAAGAAACUGCAAGGAAACUAACUGCAUUGUGAUGGGUGACAAGCAAGCGUCCUUUUCAACACCUAUUCAACCCAUGUGUAGGAGAAUGUUUCUUUCCUUAGGAUUUAAGUCCUGAGCUUAAACAAACCUCAAGUAGUAUUUAUUUUAGCUUACAGAAAUAUAGACAACAGGUAAUUAUAUGUACGUUUGAAAUGAAUACAUUCAUUAUUGUAUUAGAGAGGUAUCCCAAGAGUCUCAUACACGCAAAUCACAUACUGUUCUUGCCAAGCUUAAAUAUGUUGGAGGUUUUAAUAGUCUAACCAUCUGUAAACGGAGUACAUAAAGAAACCCACUACUAAUUGGUGGAGGAUUUAAUACUUUAUACAAAUCAACCAUAUUGAUACAAAGAAGCAACUGACUGGAGUCUUGCUUUCAAUAUGUAUAUAUAUAUAAAAAAACAAACUAUAAACUUCAACUUCCAAAUCCAAUAUUCAAUGUUGCCUUAUUUUACAAUCCGGGUAAGAUAUAUUCUCUCUGUAAUUAAUUAAAAUGUGAUAUGAGAUUCAUCUUAAAAGCUUCAGUGAUUUAAAAAAAACAAAACAAAAAAAAAAACAUUUUAACUGGGGGUUUUAUUCAUGUGAGAUAGAAACAUCAUUAAGUUAGGGACAUAAGCUGUUUUACAUUAAUAUGCAAUAUGGUUGAAUGGGAAUGGAUUAACUUGAAACUGUACCUUGUUGCAACUUUUAAGACGGCUUUUAUCUGGAGAUCUUUGAAAAACAAACAAUAAACUUCUUGU